AAAAAAAAAAAAAAAAAACGAUUCGGAAGAAAAGUCAGUGUGUUUGAGUCGAGGGUUGCGACGCUCACCGCAAUGUACCCGCCAGCCGACUCCUCUGUGGCAGUCCCGAUGCAGAGCGUGAGCGCUGCGGGGGCCCCCGCCGCGGGGCCCCCGGUCGGCGAGACCCCGCGGCGUCCGCCCGACUACAUCAUCUACUCCAUCUGCUCCUUCGUCUACAUGUUGAAUCCGUUCUGCUUGGGACUCGCGGCGCUCGUCUUCUCCGUCAGGGCCAGAGACCGGAAGGUGUUGGGAGACCUUGAGGGGGCCCGAAAACUGGGCUCCACCGCCAAGUGCCUCAACAUUGCCGCCACCGUCAUUUUUGCCCUUUUCAUGUGUGUUAUAAUCGUCUUAUUUUCACUCUAUAUUUACAUUGUGACACAUCUCAUCCACUAAAUUUCAAGGUGGUCUCCUGCGAGUACACACACACACACACACACGUGCAUUGGACAAAUUAUGAAAUCCAGCACAAGAACUGUGUGAACGUUUCUGACGCCGAGGUCACCCGCAAAAUCCUGAUAAUUUGCAACAUAUGUAUUUGCGUUAUUGUUGCGGUCUCUCGUUGUAAGCACAAUAAAAAAAAAAAAAUGGGCCAAGAAACACGUGGUUCCCGUG